AUGGUGGUCCCGCUGAUGCUCGAUCUGAUGGAAUUUCGGAGGAUGAUGUGCAACAUCAGUGUGCCCAUCCGGCUGUUGGUUUUGGUGCAGAACGGGCGGGAGGCGAUGCUGUCGUUGUGCCUGCAGGAGCUCGAGAGGGUCUAUGGGUGGUCCGGACGCCUGGUUGUGAGUCGUCACCCGGAAAACAUCGGGUACAGCGCUGCGGUGAACAUCGGGUCACGACUUGCACUCUCGCUGCCGCGCGAGGAAGUGCCUCUUGUUUUUGUGACAAACAGCGACGUAGUGUUUUCACCCGAUCUUCUUCCCAACCUUCUACGCGAUGUGCAUGAAAUGACGAGGCAUGAUGCCGCUCGCGUGGAUGAGUUGUCGGCGGAAGUGGCGAAUGAGCCGAGCGAGUACAGUCCUGUUUUGCGACGGGGCUUGAGGGUGCUGCGCUC